AUGGAGUCCCAGACAGACGGCCGAGGCAGCAUCACAGGAUGGUACAAUGGUACAGAGCGAACGACUAAAUGUAAGCUUUCGAGCUUUGUCAGCAAGCUCUACGAAAUCGGCUUUGGCUUUGAGGUAAGGUGGUUCCGGGCUUCCCAGUGGGGUUCCGCACGAGACGUCGACGUCUUCUUCUGGAAUAGGGCAAGGUAG